AUGUCAACCGGACGCAAAGUCUUCCACUGCGCUGUGGAUGAGACUGCUCUGUCCACCAAUAUUUCCGAAAUCAAGAAAUGGACCACCAACGGCGCUAUUGACCUGGUGGUCCCCCUCUACACCCUUGAACGACUUCAUGCGCUGAAGCGAGCCGGUUCCCAGGUCGCCAUCAACGCCCGCGAGGCCGUCCGCUUUCUCGAUCGUGUCACCUCAGGCAAGGACCAUAUCGCCGCCGACCGGGUUGUUCUCCAGGGCCCGAUGGAGCAGUAUGAUCGCUGGACCGAGGCCGAGAAAUUCUUCCUGCCGGAAUUCGAGGAGGAGCCCGAAGCGAUCAACGAUGCUGUCAAUGGCGACCCUACGACCGAUCCCACCGAUCCCACCGAAGCCGGGAACGAGCCCAAGAACGAAUCGGACGACCUGUCGCAGAUGCUGCUUUCCAAGUUGAACUUCAAGAAGGACCCGGAGGCUGCGUCAAUCACUUCAGUUGGCACACCCAGUGGACCGGGAUCGCGCACGUCCUCUCGCAGCUCUCGAACGAGCCCGGAGUGCGCCCAGCACGGCAGCAAUGGAACCAAGAACGACAAAACCAAGUCAAAGUCCAACCACCAGCGCACCGUUUCAGGCUCGGUCAUUCCGACCGUACCUGCCACCCUUCGCCCCCUGCUGAGUGCCUUGCUCUGGCGUUUGCACAAGGGCCCCGAUGCUGAGAACUCGGCGAAGACUUGUAUUUUGAUCACCAAUGAUCGCGCGACUCAGGUUUGGGCCCAGAAGUUUGGCAUUGGAGUUAAGAACAUUCUCCAGCUGCGCACCGCUAUCCAAUACGAGGAGCGCGAGUACAAGAACCGUUGCAAGUACGUGGAGAAGACGCAGACGCAGACGCAGACACAGUCCCAGCCCGAGCAGCCGAAGACUCUUCUCUCCUACGAAGAAGAAAGCGAUGAAGAUGAGUUGGUAUUCGUCCCCCGCGGUCGUGGUAAGGGGGCUCCCCGUGGUUCCUCGCGCGGUGCCCCCCGUGGCGGGUCGCGCAAGACUCCCCCUAAGCCUGCACCUGCUGUCGUCGAACCCACAGCUUCCGUCGAAGUACCUACCCAACCCAUCGACCCAGACUCUUUCAGCCGAUCACUAGGCGGCUCGUCCAAGACACCUCCUGUGGACUUGAGCACACCUCAAGCCGCCCGUGGUGCCCCCGGAGCCUCACGCCGCUCAUCCAACGGUCGCCGAGGAGCAUCUCGUGGUGCACGAGGCACAGGCCGUGGUCGGGGCAAGCUCUGGGUUCCUUGA